GAAGUCCGGCCACAAACAGCGGAGAGCGGGAAGGUUUAUCGGGCAGACGAAUUGGUCUGUCCAUCCAUACAGAGGAUAGGACACGGGAGACAGGUCAUCCCCGUCUGUUGGUAUCUGCCCCCGCUUCCUCUCUCUGUUUCCGGUCGUCCCAUCCGCAUUAGCUUCCAGCGAGGAGGAGAGGUAACUGACCGGACACGUGGCGACGAGGACGUCUUGAGAUAGGCGAGAGCACCUGGCCCACGGUGAACAGGGGCGGCGUGUAGAAUUCCUGGAAUUCCUGACCGGUGGUUUCCAGCGGUGGGUGGUUGUUUCUGAGAUUAAUCCAGUUAGGGCCUUGAGAGGUGCCACGCGGAGCGGGGAUAGGAUAUCGGCCAUCAACUCUAAGAAUAGAUCAUUCUCUCCCUAUCCAGUAAUCAAUGAAUCGACCGAUCCAUCAACCAAUCAAUCAAUCAGGUGAUCGACCGAUUCAUCGAUCAAACAUUCAUCAUCCGACCGUUGGUCGUACCAUUGUUCCAUGACUGCAUGGGUUCCUCCCCUUACAUUGACACAGUAAUUGUCGUUAGUUGGGGGACAUUGAGCUGUCUAUCAAUCGACCGACCUGUUGCCGGACGUGGUUCGGCUCGCUAUCUGUCUGACAGGGCAAAACAUAGUAGGAGUCUGGAGAGAACAGGAAUUGUCCCGGUGUUCGACGGAGUAGCUAGGGAAUCGGAUGUGCGAAGCGGCCAAACUGUGUUAAAUUGGGAGGGUGAAUUAUGCGGCGACGGGUGGACCGACAGAGGAGAGAUGUCGGAUGAUCGUGCAGGUGCAUGUGCGGCAUGAGGGACCCUGUUUUCGGGAAUUGAUUGAGUGAUUGCUUUGAUUGAUUGGUUGGGAGGUUGGUGUGACUGGUUGAUUGGAAGAUAAUGUGAAUUGUUGAUUGAUUGGAUCGCCGAUUUGUGGAUUGAUUGGCUUGUCUUUUCUCGCGGUCGUCUUGUUCUUUAUGUUCACUCGCUGUCAUCCGAAUCGACAGCUUGGUGGCUGGUGGACCGGUCGUCGGAAGCGACUCAGCUGUGUCUGGUGGACCGGUCGUGGGAAGUGACUCAGCUGCGAGUUCACCAUGUCCAAGCGGCGGCAUCUUCGCUAACAAGAUUAACAACUGUCUUGUACGUAAUCAGCAGGGCUUGAUCCCGGGGUUGCCUUCACAGUUGCACCGCUUUGCGUCCCAUUAUCAUCUCUGAGAAGCGGGAAUGGCCGCUAAGUGCCAACUCUCGCCUAGGGUACUUCUCUAGGGUGUUUUCCUGAUCGAACAUAGUUCGUUCUGCUAUCUGCGGGAACGAGUUGAAGGAAGCGCGUUUGAUUCCUGGAGCGGUGGGUGCUUGUCUGACUCCCACGUGGCGUCUGUGAUAUCUGCCACGUCAGGAAGCAUCAAACAGUCACACGUCUGACUGUUUGUCUUCCCCUCUCCCAUUCUGCACGAUCUUCCCGCAAGGGAGGGGGGAAACACACAGAGAGAGAGAGAGAGAGAGAGAGAGAGAGAGAGAGAGAGAGAGAGACGAGCAAUGGUGAAGCUUACACUUAUUGCGAGGGUGACCGAUGGGUUGCCUCUCGCUGAAGGUUUGGAUGACGGAAGGGAGCAGAAGGAUUUGGAGGCGUACAAGAAACAAGCGAAAGAGUUGUUUAAGAAGAUGUCUCAAGGGCCGCCCCCUGCAUCGAGAAUGUCGUAUGAGACCGGGGCGUACGUUUUUCACUACAUUAUUGAGGGAGGGGUUUGCUACCUGACACUCUGCGACCGUUCGUACCCUAAGAAGCUAGCGUAUCAGUACUUAGAGGAGCUUCAGAAGGAAUUUGAGAAAGUCAACAGGUCUCAAAUUGAGACUGUCGCUCGUCCUUAUGCCUUCAUUAAGUUCGAUACCUUCAUUCAGAAGACGAGGAAACUUUAUCUUGACACUCGUACCCAGAGGAAUCUCGCGAAACUGAAUGAUGAUUUGUACGAAGUCCAGCAGAUCAUGACCAAGAACAUCCAGGAUGUUCUUGGUGUGGGUGAGAAACUGGACCAUGCCACCCGUUUAUCUCAUAACUUGAAGGCAGAGACGCAGCAGUACAAAAUGAAGGCCAAGGAUCUCAGCAGGCAGGCGUUGAUUCGAAAAUGGGCUCCGAUCGGGAUCGUCCUCGUUGUCGUCCUCCUCCUCCUCUUAAUCAGGCGCAUGUUCUCGUCCGGCUGAUGACCUACUCACGGACGCAAUCAAUCCUUCUUCGGUUGAUUGCUGGUGGAGUUCGGUCAAUCUUCCUGCUUAUGGCGAGCUGUUCUCAAACCGGAGCGUCGCCUUUGUCUGCUGUAUUGACGCUGCAGGCAAAGCGUUUGUUCAUGAUGAGAAGGUCGAUCUGUCAUCACACACAUCCUAUGACUUGCGCCAGACAGGCCGGCAGGGGGGCAGGCAAGGAGGCAGGCAAGCAGGCCGGCAGUCAGGCAGGGAGGCAACCGGGCAGUCGGGCGACCAGGCCCGAUAGGCAGGCAGGUAGGCAAAUCAAGCAGGCAGGAGGUAAGCAGUUACGCACCGUUGUUUAGGGUUAGAGGAGCGUCAUGCAGCCACCCAGCCCUUCGGCAGAUCUUUCGCCAUCCGACUUAUGUGAGUGGGAGGAGGGUGGCUUAGGGCAGAAAGGGAUACAUGUCUCGGCCUCCUUUUGUCAGGGAACGUGUAUGGGUUCCUUAUGGCACCUUCAUCUUUGAUGCAGGAAGGACCAGCGGAAGUAGGAGGAGGCGAGGUGGGCGUUCUCCGCUUCCAUCGCGGAAGGAGUUGUACGAGGAGAAACAGAAGCUCGCAUGCUAGCAGGGGUGUGGCGACCGGUCUGUUCGGAUUUGCUGGGUAUUACGGUGAUUGCGAUCGAUAUGUGCUGUCGAUGUCUUCGGUUUGUGGGUUGGAGAUCGUUGUGUGCCGGUCUUGGUAUUGAGAUUUGUUGAUUGGCGUCACGGGGGGUCAUCCACCCACGGGCGGGUGCUGCUCUCGAAGCUUGAUGGAGCGGGACGCGAUACCCUAGGAGGCUAUAUUUGGGCGCGGGCUGGAAUUCCGGUCUUUUAUCACCCCACCCUGACGAGGGAGUUUGGGCACGGAAUUGGAGUUUGUUCUUUUAUUAUAUAAUACGACGAAGCAAAUGUCGCGGGGCUCACAUCGAUGCAUCGUAGUAUCGAUGCAUCGUAGUAUCGAUGCAUCGUCGCAUCAUGCCGAUGCACCACCCUUACGAGAGGGAAUUUGGGCAUGGACUGGAGCUCGCGUCUUAUACCAUCGUCGAAUACGAAGCAAAUGUCACGUGGCUCGCAUCGGAGCAUCGUCGCAUCAUGCCGAUGCAUACGGAUGACACGUAAUUAGACUGACGUGGUGAUGACAUCUGCCGUCUUCACUCGAAUAGAUCAUCCGGGCAUUAUAGCUGUUUUGGGGGUGUCCAGAUGCAGCGAUGAUAACCGGGCGUUCUAUUCGGUUGAAGACGGUAGUUUGAUUGCCUCCUCCUUGGCCGUCCGUCCUUUGUGGUGCCGGGUUGGAGAAAGCAAAAGGGGCAACGUGGGAGAGGUGGUCCCCAUGCUGGCAUUUCUCUCUCCUGUUAGCAGCUAGUACCCUGCACGAUGCUACAAUAUAGACAGAAGUGUUCGAGAUUCUGCAAUUUUCCGGUGGAUCAAUACCCUCUUCCCCCGAAUAGAACGUGCCGUCGUUGUCGUUGUCGCUGUAUCUUAGAUUGGAUGUUGCCUCUAAUUUUCAGCUAGAAUGACCGUAGGUUCUGUUCGGGGGAAGACGGCAGUGCCCGAUUUACUAUAAUGGAUCGGUUGUGACGCGAUUUCAUGUGGUUGUCGCAAGAUUGAGGGUUCUGUUCGGGUCGAUUGAAUUGCACUGAAGAUGGUGUGUGGGGGAUUCGAAUUUCAGCGAGAAGAGAAAGAGAUCGUGAGCUUCGAAAAAGCUGGAUUUUCUCGAAGUGCAUCCUUUUCCGGAUCUCUCUCCCGAUCAUUCCCCUAGAUGAAUGGCGGGCCAGUGGGAUUUUGAGAGGGAGGGAGGGAGGGAGGGAGGGAGGGAGGGAGAGGAGAGAAGGGAGAGGAGAGAAAGAAGGUAGGAAGAGGGUGGAAACCCUAGGGAAGUAUUGGGAUGCGUGUCUCGAAUUCUUGUAGUGAGCUUGAUUUUCUACUUGUCCUUCACCGUGCCUGCCACACUUGACUUUUGGAAUAAUAAUUUGGUUGGCUCUGAAAUGCCAUCCACGGUUUGAUGGUUCCCUGGCCCGUUGAUUGUUGCGAUGGCUAGCUUCCCUGCCUACCUGGUGGUAUUGUUGAUAUUUCAGCUGAUGUAGAUGCGUUAGUAUUUUUUAUGGCGGGAAAUUGGCUUGGAAGUCGUCUCUGUUUUUUUUUUAGAAUGAUUGCGGGACAUUCAUUUUGACUGGUGGGCUAUUGGUCCAGUGAAUUCUCCAGUACUUAUAGAUAGGUUACUUCGGACUGAGCGGUUCGUGCAAGGAUUGACAAAAUGGCGGCUCGGUUUUGCCGAUGACUUCUCUGUCGAGAAAGACAUAUUCGAUAAAGCAGCCAUGGAGAU